UUGCAGCCGACAGUGCAUUACCUGUCGGAUUUCCUUGGUAAAAGAAGAAGAGAAGUAGGAAGACUUCCCUGUGGCCAAUAAUUCAUUCCUCUUUGGAAACAGUUAAAGGAAAGCACCGUCUCCUGCCUCGACAUGUCUACAGCGUACAAAAACAGGAUACAAGAGUUCAAAGUUGCCUUGGCUGAAGAAAAAAUCAACUUGAAGACACUGAGGGAGCUGUGCUUUAAUGGAAUCCCUUUUGAAGGAGGCAUACGAGCGCUGUGCUGGAAGAUCCUUCUUAAUUACCUACCUGUUGAUCAGACCCAGUGGGAGUCUUUCCUGAAAAAGCAAAGGCCUCUGAAUCCAAACCCUGACAGCAGGUGGAACACCUACUUUAAAGAUAAUGAAAUUCUGCUGCAGAUCGACAAAGACGUGAGGCGGCUGUACCCGGACAUGGCGUUCUUCCAGCGCCCCACAGAGUACCCCUGUCAGCUGAUCCUGGACCCUCAGAAUGACUACGAGACACUGCGUCGCCGAGUGGAGCAGACGACGCUGAAGGCACAAACGGUGAACUGCAACCGCAGCGGGGUCACCAAUGUGAGUUCACCUGGAAAGGCGCUGAACCUGUAUCCAUCUAACGAGUACGAGGUGCUGCCCAAUGGCAGUGAAGCCCACUGGGAGGUGGUAGAGCGGAUCCUCUUCAUUUAUGCCAAGCUGAACCCUGGCAUCGCCUACGUCCAGGGCAUGAAUGAGAUUGUGGGGCCAAUUUACUACACGUUUGCCACAGAUCCCAACAGCGAGUGGAAAGAGCACGCUGAGGCAGACACCUUCUUCUGUUUCACCAAUCUGAUGUCGGAGAACAGAGAUAACUUCAUCAAGAGCCUGGACGACUCUCAGUGUGGCAUUACCUACAAGAUGGAGAGUGUGUACUCCAUGCUCAAAGACAAAGACAUGGAGCUAUAUCUUAAGCUGGAAGAGCAGAACAUCAAACCACAAUAUUUCACCUUCCGCUGGCUCACCCUGUUGUUAUCUCAGGAGUUCCUCCUGCCAGAUGUCAUCCGCAUCUGGGACACACUUUUUUCUGACCAGGACAGAUUCCAUUUCCUCAUCCUGGUCUGCUGCGCCAUGCUCAUACUUAUCCGGGAUAACUUAUUGGCUGGUGAUUUCACAGUGAACAUGAGAUUACUGCAGGAUUACCCCAUCUCAGACGUCCACACCAUCCUGACCAAAGCCAAAGACCUGCAGGAUACAUCCUAACCUGGUCCUCGUCCUCCCGCCUUCUCUGGUCACGUGUGGUAGGUGGCAGUCUAAAACAAAAAGGAGAAAAAAAAAAAAAAACAACAAAAAAACAUUUGUCAUGUCAAAUGUGUUGUGGAUGGACCUGACCAAUGAAGAGUCUGCACGGAUGUUUGGGACAGCGUGCAAAACUUGGGAGGACAUGCUGAAACUUCCUCGAAAUGAGUGGAGGAUGGAGGGGUGCCUUGUGUCAUAAUGCAUUAUGGGAAAAGGCUCCCUUGGUACGUGCCUGUCCUGCUUUCUCAACCAUCUCUCCCGUGGAGACAAAUGAAGGUCUGUAGGGAGGCGGGGCCACAGUAAUCCUACACUACCAAUCGUAACCACAUGUUCAACGAAGGAGCCAAGAAUUCAAAGGAAACUCCCACUGCGAUCACGUAUGUAGUCCGAUUGAGUUUAACUGUGUUGAGCAGUAUGUGCAUGUUUGUUCUUCUAAAAAAAAAAGAGUUAAUUUUCAAUGAUUUUUGCUGAUGUAAGAAACAUGUAUGCCUUACCUUUUGAAGGAUGUGAAAUGGGAGAUGGCAUUUCUGUGUAUAUAUUCACUCUGACAUCAGAAACAUGAAGCGAUAGUUUCCGCCUGUCAUCAUCUCAGCAAUGCUUUCUAACCUUUUGGAGAAUCACAGCAGAAGGAAACUGCUGUUGAAAGAAUGGUGUUGUUUUUUCAUACUGAACAUUAUUUUCACAGCAGUUUUAUUUUUUUUCUUCCUCUAGCCCAAAGAAGCAAGUCUCACAACUACGUUGGGACCAAUGUGCACUUAAUUUUAAUAGUAAUGAAAUAUUAACAGUAUGGUUUAGUGAAGUUCUUAAUUUUUGAUCAGCAAUCAGUCCAGCUUCUGGAAAUUGCCAAUUUAGUGUCAUCGACCAAUCGGAGGAAAUGUGUGAGGAGCUAAAAUAGCUUGUUUGAGACAGAAGGAUUAACUGAGCCCAGUGUAAGAUAAAGAAGGAAUAUUCUUAUCUAUGAAUCAUGCACAGUUGCUCAAGUAACUUAAAAUGAAAAGAGGGUGUUUUUUUUGUUUGUUUGAUGUUUUUGGAUAGUGAGGAAUUAUCUUUACAUAGCAAUGCAUCAACCACACAGCUGCCUUUUAGGCAAACUUUCUAAAAGUUGGCAUGAAACACUUCUUUUCUCCUCUUCUUUACAGAGUGCAGUUGUUCAGUCAGAAAGGAGGCUUGGCUGUUUAUAACAAAAUAAUAGCCUUGCUAAAUUUAAGUUAAUCACUUUUGGUUUAGACUGAUGAUGUUCAGUGUGAAAACGGCAUCCUGGCUCAUUGCACUUUUCUCUUCUGAUGUGCACGUCUGUGUCCAGCCUUGAGCUUGUAACACGUCAGUGAGGAGAAUCAAUGCAGAAUCAGAAAAGAAGCGAACUGUUGAAGCUUAUUGAGUGAUGACGCUCAUAUGAAGGCACUCUGUGUGGAUAUUUGAUCUGAACACGAAUGAAAAGAGGUCAUUCUAACUCUAAGAAUUUGUAAUGUGGCCCUACAUGCACAGGCCUAGCAGGCACCAGGCCCAGGGCCAUUAAAGUGCAGUGUUUAUCGUCUUUACAAACAAUUCUCAGAAGUUGGUUUGGGCAUUAAAUAAUCUAAGCUUUCCCUGUCUGCUUUUUAUUUUCUGCUUCUAAAAAUUAAACCUAAUCUUCCACACUAUAGAAACAUUACUUUUCUUCAUUUACUUUUACCUACAGUCUGUAACAGUGCUGAACUUUGAGGAAGUGUUAAGUUGCUCUUUCACUUAAACUGAAAAGAUUAUUCUUGCUCAACUUAUCAUAAUGAAUCAAAGUGGACCUGUUCUUCUUUUCCUGUUUCCUGUCUCAUAGUUCCUGCUCCAGUGGUGGAUGUUCAUAUUAAACACGGCCAAAGUUAACAAAUAACAAGGUCAGUGUACAGUUAGUCCCUCUGACACCAAAGCUCAGGCUGCAAAAUGCUCCAAACACUCAUUUUUUUUUCUUUCUACUUUUGGACUUGCAUGAAGUCACAGAGAAGGGACGUCCCUAAUACAGUCAUGUUAAGCACAGACGACCCACACACUUCAGUUGACAAGGGGCAGUCAGUCAGAAUAAAGUUGGCUUAAAGGGGGAGGAGCUAAAAUGGCUAGCUUGAGAUCUAAAGGUCUGCUCCAAGGCUCCGUGUAAAAUAAAGAAGUAUUAUUUUGAACUGUGAAUUAUGCAAAGCUCCUCUUGUAGAGUUCAGGAAAAAACUGGAGCUGGAAAUUAGAACAAUGCAUCCACUUAAAUCUAAAACCAGUAAAAUCUCAGAACCUGAGAAAUGGCUGUUUUGUUUUAGUUUUAGUUUUAGUGACCGCUUUUAACUGUCAGACUUAAUAUAACACUAACUGUUAAUCUAACAAUAGCUUCAUAUGUAGGGAAAAAUUAAUGAAUUACACAUAAACUGCUUUAACACUUUGAGACGAUAAAGUCAACAUUUGUGAGAAAAAGUUUUUCCUGAUGGGGGAAAAACACAAAUCUUCUUGCAAAAUUAUGACUUUAAAAUGUCAUU